UGAUUCAUGGCACACAAAUCGAGAUUGAGGUUGAGGUUGAGGUUGAGGUUGAGGUUGAGGUCGAGGUCGGAAAAUAACCAAUUUUAGACGGAGAAGAAAAGCAACGAGCAACAAAGACUUUUACAACGACCCUACCAAAAAAAAGAAAUUGUAAAUAUUUUCUUCCAUUUUUCAUCAAAUCAUAAAUUAAAAUUGCUUAAUUCAAUUCUCUCACCGCCAACAAAAAUGGAGUCUACAGAUUUUUCCACAAAAGCUCGUGGUAGAUUAGCAGUUCUUACCACUCAUCUUUUAACAUCAUCAGCUGAUCCGCCCCAAUCUUUUUCUGAAAUUCUUGAUAAAAGUUAUGUUUCAUCUCAAUCUUUAGUUCCCCCACCUCCUAAUUUGAAGGGAUCUAUUGUUAUUGUUGAUGAGAGGACUGGCAAAAAGUACCAAGUUCCUGUUUCUGAGGAAGGGACUGUUAAAGCUACGGACUUGAAGAAGGUCACAACUGGAAACAAUGACAAGGGACUCAAACUAUACGAUCCGGGUUAUCUCAAUACUGCUCCUGUUCGAUCAUCAAUUUGCUAUAUUGAUGGUGACGAAGGGAUCCUUAGGUAUAGAGGCUACCCUAUUGAGGAGUUGGCUGAGCGUAGUUCAUUUCUUGAAGUUGCCUACCUUCUGAUGUACGGAAAUCUACCCUCUAAAAGUCAAUUGGCAUCUUGGGAGUUUGCCGUCUCUCAACAUUCAGCUGUUCCCGAGGGAGUAUUGGAUAUCAUACAAGCAAUGCCUCAUGAUGCUCACCCAAUGGGUGUUCUUGUUAAUGCGAUGAGUGCUCUUUCUGUUUUUCACCCUGAUGCUAAUCCAGCUUUAAGAGGUCAGGAUCUUUAUAAGUCGAAACAAGUGAGAGAUAAACAGAUUGUAAGAAUUCUUGGGAAGGCACCAACAAUUGCAGCAGCAGCUUAUUUGCGAUUGGCGGGAAGGCAUCCAGUUCUUCCUUCGAACAAUCUUUCGUAUUCAGAGAACUUUCUUUACAUGCUUGAUUCAUUGGGGAAUAGAUCUUACAAACCAAAUCCUCGUCUAGCUCGUGUUAUAGAUAUUCUGUUCAUACUACAUGCAGAACAUGAGAUGAACUGCUCCACCGCUGCUGCCCGACAUUUAGCAUCAAGCGGUGUUGAUGUGUACACAGCUCUUGCUGGUGCUGUUGGGGCACUCUAUGGUCCUCUUCAUGGUGGUGCUAAUGAGGCAGUGCUGAAAAUGCUGAAUGAGAUUGGAAGUGUUGAAAACAUACCGGACUUCAUUGAAGGUGUCAAAAGCAGAAAACGGAAAAUGUCGGGAUUUGGGCAUCGUGUAUAUAAAAAUUAUGAUCCGAGAGCAAAGGUAAUUAGGAAGUUGGCAGAUGAAGUAUUUUCCAUAGUUGGCAGAGAUCCCCUCAUCGAGGUGGCCGUUGCUUUGGAGAAAGCUGCCCUAUCAGACGAGUAUUUCAUAAAGCGGAAGUUGUACCCAAAUGUUGAUUUUUACUCUGGGUUAAUUUACAGGGCGAUGGGGUUCCCACCUGAGUUUUUCACUGUUCUGUUUGCUAUCCCUCGAAUGGCUGGAUAUUUGGCCCACUGGCGGGAGUCACUUGAUGAUCCUGACACGAAGAUAAUGCGACCCCAACAGGUGUAUACAGGAGUCUGGUUGAGGCAUUACACGCCUCUAAAAGAACGCACAGAGACAUCCGAUGCAGACAAGCUUGGUGAGGUCUCUGUUUCAAAUGCGACAAGGCGACGACUUUCUGGUUCUGGAGCUUAAUGGGAGAGCUUUUCUUUUGAAGAUGAAAAAUAAUGUCAGGAGUUCCAACAAUAUUGGAAAUGGAAACUUGGUUUGGGCAUGUCUUAGUCUAAGUAAUAAUGAUAAGUUAUACUCAUUUCUCUUAUCCUCUCCUACUCUGUUGAACUUAGCUUUGAUUACAUUAUGUUCGUAUUACUAAGAAAUGGUAUUUUAGUAUGUUCAUUUGUGUAUGUAGCUAGUAUUUACUUUAGUGUAACAAGAAAUAUUAAUAGCAUCUAUUGAUUCCUAUCUGAAAAUAAAUAUGUUUGGAGCAAUUUCUCAAUAACGGCUUUUUUGGUUGGUCGUACUAAACAGUGGUAAUGAACAUGAAAUGUGAUGUAAAUUUUCAUGAAAUUUACCAUGUCAUUUCCAUGAUAAUGAAUAG